CUCUCUCUCCACCCAAGAGAAGCUCGCUGGCGGCGAGACAACUGCCUACUACGAUGACAUUGACUCAAACCUAAAGAAUAGGGAGCACGAUUGAACCGCCCGCUGAUAUGACGCAGGCCAUUGCCGGCAAGCUUCAGCAUCUGGACCCUUCUUGUCGUGAUCAUGGAGCUGUGCGAGCGUUUCGCCUACUACGGUGCCUCGCUGAUGUUCAGCAUCUAUCUGCAAUCAAAGCUCGGUCGUUCCAAGUCAGCAGUCGGUUGCCCUCAACCGUGUCAACCAGUUCAUGUCGUACGCUACCACCAUUCUCGGUGCCAUUAUCGCUGACCAGUGGCUCGGAAAGUUCAAGACCAUUGUCCUCUUUGCCCUGCUGUACUUUAUUGGCCUUGUUCUGCUCACCAUCUCCUCUGCAGACUUCUCGAUCAACGGUGGCUUUGGUCUCGCUGGCUUCUGCAUUUCGGUGUUUGCCUUCAUCGGCUUCGGUACUGGUGGCAUCAAGUCCAACGUGUCGUCGUUCAUGGCUGAGCAGAUCCCGAUCGGCUACAAGCCCACCAAGACCCUGGUGUCUACGAGGACAGCAAGCUGACUGUUGAGCGCGGCUUCCGCUACUUCUACUGGUCUAUCAAUGUUGGUGCCUUCAUUGGCCAACUUAUUUGCCCGCAGGUCGCGAAGAACAAGUCGUACCCACUGGCCUACAUGAUCCCCGCCAUCAUGUUCUUUGUCGG